AUGACUACUUCUGUGCGACAAGAAGGAAGAACUGCUGAUUUUCAAGGCACCUGCAGAGGCGCAGGGGGACGAGGCUCACCGGCGGCCGCUACUACUGGCGGUGGUGAAGACCACCUCCGCCUCCUCCGCAAAGCUCGCCUCCAGCUGUGCUCUCGCUGCCUCCACUGCCACCUCGCCCCGCCGCGCCCCCAGCACGAUGAGCAGCCGCCCCACCUCCACGCCCACCUGCUCCCUCUCCUCCACCGCUGCCUGGUGGCAUGGUCACCGCGGCAUGGCGCGCACAUGAGGAGGCAUAUGUUGGACAGCAGAGCAUUCUGGAGACAAGCACUCACUGCCAAUCGCUGCACUCACUGCCAAUCGCUGCACUCAUGGCCAAUCGCUGCACUCACCGCCAAUCGCUGCACUCACCGCCAAUCGCUGCACUCACCGCCAAUCGCUGCACUCACCGCCAGUCGCUGCACUCACCGCCAGUCGCUGCACUCACCGCCAGUCGCUGCACUCACUGCCAGUCGCUGCACUCAAUGCCAAUCGCUGCACUCACCGCCAAUCGCUGCACUCACUGCCAGUCGCUGCACUCACUGCCAGUCGCUGCACUCACUGCCACUUGCUGCACUCACUGCCAGUCGCUGCACUCACCGCCAAUCGCUGCACUCACCGCCAAUCGCUGCACUCAUCGCCAAUCGCUGCACUCACCGCCAAUCGCUGCACUCACCGCCAAUCGCUGCACUCACCGCGAGUCGCUGCACUCACUGCCAGUCACUGCACUCACUGCCAGUCGCUGCACUCACCGCCAAUCGCUGCACUCACCGCCAGUCGCUGCACUCACCGCCAGUCGCUGCACUCACUGCCAAUCACUGCACUCAACGCCAGUCGCUGCACUCACCGCGAGUCGCUGCACUCACUGCCAGUCGCUGCACUCACUCCCAAUCGCCGCACUCACUGCCAGUCGUUGCACUCACUGCCAGUCGCUGCACUCACCGCCAGUCGCUGCACUCACCGCCAGUCGCUGCACUCACUGCCAGACGCUGCACUCACCGCCAGUCGCUGCACUCACCACGAGUCGCUGCACUCACUGCCAGUCGCUGCACUCACUCCCAGUCGCUGCACUCACUGCCAGUCGUUGCACUCACUGCCAGUCGCUGCACUCACCGCCAGUCGCUGCACUCACAGCCAGUCGCUGCACUCACCGCCAGUCGCUGCACUCACCGCCAGUCGCUGCACUCACCGCCAGUCGCUGCACUCACUGCCAGUCGCUGCACUCAAUGCCAAUCGCUGCACUCACCGCCAAUCGCUGCACUCACUGCCAGUCGCUGCACUCACUGCCAGUCGCUGCACUCACUGCCACUUGCUGCACUCACUGCCAGUCGCUGCACUCACCGCCAAUCGCUGCACUCACCGCCAAUCGCUGCACUCAUCGCCAAUCGCUGCACUCACCGCCAAUCGCUGCACUCACCGCCAAUCGCUGCACUCACCGCCAAUCGCUGCACUCACCGCCAAUCGCUGCACUCACCGCUAGUCGCUGCACUCACCGCCAGUCGCUGCACUCACCGCCAGUCGCUGCACUCACCGCCAGUCGCUGCACUCACCGCCAGUCGCUGCACUCACCGCCAGUCGCUGCACUCACCGCCAAUCGCUGCACUCACCGCCAAUCGCUGCACUCACCGCCAAUCGCUGCACUCACCGCCAAUCGCUGCACUCACCGCCAAUCGCUGCACUCACCGCCAGUCGCUGCACUCACCGCCAGUCGCUGCACUCACCGCCAGUCGCUGCACUCACCGCCAGUCGCUGCACUCACCGCCAAUCGCUGCACUCACCGCCAAUCGCUGCACUCACCGCCAAUCGCUGCACUCACCGCCAAUCGCUGCACUCACCGCCAAUCGCUGCACUCACCGCCAGUCGCUGCACUCACCGCCAGUCGCUGCACUCACCGCCAGUCGCUGCACUCACCGCCAGUCGCUGCACUCACCGCCAAUCGCUGCACUCACCGCCAGUCGCUGCACUCACUGCCAGUCGCUGCACUCAAUGCCUAUCGCUGCACUCACCGCCAAUCGCUGCACUCACUGCCAGUCGCUGCACUCACUGCCAGUCGCUGCACUCACUGCCAAUCGCUGCACUCACUGCCAGUCGCUGCACUCACCGCCAGUCGCUGCACUCACUGCCAAUCGCUGCACUCACCGCCAAUCGCUGCACUCACCGCCAAUCGCUGCACUCACCGCCAAUCGAUGCACUCACCGACAAUCGCUGCACUCACCGCCAAUCGCUGCACUCACCGCCAGUCGCUGCACUCACUGCCAGUCGCUGCACUCAAUGCCUAUCGCUGCACUCACCGCCAAUCGCUGCACUCACUGCCAGUCGCUGCACUCACUGCCAGUCGCUGCACUCACUGCCAAUCGCUGCACUCACUGCCAGUCGCUGCACUCACCGCCAGUCGCUGCACUCACUGCCAAUCGCUGCACUCACCGCCAAUCGCUGCACUCACCGCCAAUCGCUGCACUCACCGCCAAUCGCUGCACUCACGGCCAAUCGCUUCACUCACCGCCAAUCGCUGCACUCACCGCUAGUCUCUGCACUCACCGCCAGUCGCUGCACUCACUGCCAGUCGCUGCACUCACUGCCAGUCGUUGCACUCACCGCCAAUCGCUGCACUCACCGCCAAUCGAUGCACUCACCGACAAUCGCUGCACUCACCGCCAAUCGCUGCACUCACCGCCAGUCGCUGCACUCACCGCCAGUCGCUGCACUCACCGCCAGUCGCUGCACUCACUGUCAAUCGCAGCACUCACUGCCAGUCGCUGCACUCACUGCCAGUCGCUGCACUCACUGCCAAUCGCUGCACUCACUGCCAGUCGCUGCACUCACCGCCAGUCGCUGCACUCACCGCCAGUCGCUGCACUCACCGCCAAUCGCUGCACUCACCGCCAAUCGCUGCACUCACCGCCAAUCGCUGCACUCACCGCCAAUCGCUGCACUCACCGCCAGUCGCUGCACUCACCGCCAGUCGCUGCACUCACCGCCAGUCGCUGCACUCACCGCCAGUCGCUGCACUCACCGCCAAUCACUGCACUCACCGCCAAUCGCUGCACUCACCGCCAAUCGCUGCACUCACCGCCAAUCGCUGCACUCACCGCCAGUCGCUGCACUCACCGCCAGUCGCUGCACUCACCGCCAGUCGCUGCACUCACCGCCAGUCGCAGCACUCACUGGCAGUCGCUGCACUCACUGCCAGUCGCUGCACUCACUGCCAGUCGCUGCACUCACCGCCAGUCGCUGCACUCACCGCCAGUCGCUGCACUCACUGCCAGUCGCUGCACUCAAUGCCUAUCGCUGCACUCACCGCCAAUCGCUGCACUCACUGCCAGUCGCUGCACUCACUGCCAGUCGCUGCACUCACCGCGAGUCGCUGCACUCACUGCCUGUCGCUGCACUCACUCCCAAUCGCUGCACUCACUGCCAGUCGUUGCACUCACUGCCAGUCGCUGCACUCACCGCCAGUCGCUGCACUCACCGCCAGUCGCUGCACUCACCGCCAAUCGCUGCACUCACCGCCAGUCGCUGCACUCACUGCCAGUCGCUGCACUCAAUGCCUAUCGCUGCACUCACCGCCAAUCGCUGCACUCACUGCCAGUCGCUGCACUCACUGCCAGUCGCUGCACUCACUGCCAAUCGCUGCACUCACUGCCAGUCGCUGCACUCACCGCCAGUCGCUGCACUCACCGCCAAUCGCUGCACUCACCACCAAUCGCUGCACUCACUGCCAAUCGCUGCACUCACUGCCAAUCGCUGCACUCACCGCCAAUCGCUGCACUCACCGCCAGUCGCUGCACUCACCGCCAGACGCUGCACUCACUGCCAGUCGCUGCACUCACUGCCAGUCGUUGCACUCACUGCCAGUCGCUGCACUCACCGCCAAUCGAUGCACUCACCGCCAAUCGCUGCACUCACUGCCAGUCGCUGCACUCACCGCCAGUCGCUGCACUCACCGCCAGUCGCUGCACUCACCGCCAGUCGCUGCACUCACCGCCAGUCGCUGCACUCACCGCCAGUCGCUGCACUCAAUGCCUAUCGCUGCACUCACCGCCAAUCGCUGCACUCACUGCCAGUCGCUGCACUCACUGCCAGUCGCUGCACUCACUGCCAAUCGCUGCACUCACUGCCAGUCGCUGCACUCACCGCCAGUCGCUGCACUCACCGCCAAUCGCUGCACUCACCGCCAAUCGCUGCACUCACCGCCAAUCGCUGCACUCACUGCCAAUCGCUGCACUCACCGCCAAUCGCUGCACUCACCGCCAGCCGCUGCACUCACUGCCAGUCGCUGCACUCACUGCCAUCGCUGCACUCACCGCGAGUCGCUGCACUCACUGCCAGUCGCUGCACUCACUCCCAAUCGCCGCACUCACUGCCAGUCGUUGCACUCACUGCCAGUCGCUGCACUCACCGCCAGUCGCUGCACUCACCGCCAGUCGCUGCACUCACUGCCAGACGCUGCACUCACCGCCAGUCGCUGCACUCACCACGAGUCGCUGCACUCACUGCCAGUCGCUGCACUCACUCCCAGUCGCUGCACUCACUGCCAGUCGUUGCACUCACUGCCAGUCGCUGCACUCACCGCCAGUCGCUGCACUCACAGCCAGUCGCUGCACUCACCGCCAGUCGCUGCACUCACCGCCAGUCGCUGCACUCACCGCCAGUCGCUGCACUCACUGCCAGUCGCUGCACUCAAUGCCAAUCGCUGCACUCACCGCCAAUCGCUGCACUCACUGCCAGUCGCUGCACUCACUGCCAGUCGCUGCACUCACUGCCACUUGCUGCACUCACUGCCAGUCGCUGCACUCACCGCCAAUCGCUGCACUCACCGCCAAUCGCUGCACUCAUCGCCAAUCGCUGCACUCACCGCCAAUCGCUGCACUCACCGCCAAUCGCUGCACUCACCGCCAAUCGCUGCACUCACCGCCAAUCGCUGCACUCACCGCUAGUCGCUGCACUCACCGCCAGUCGCUGCACUCACCGCCAGUCGCUGCACUCACCGCCAGUCGCUGCACUCACCGCCAGUCGCUGCACUCACCGCCAGUCGCUGCACUCACCGCCAAUCGCUGCACUCACCGCCAAUCGCUGCACUCACCGCCAAUCGCUGCACUCACCGCCAAUCGCUGCACUCACCGCCAAUCGCUGCACUCACCGCCAGUCGCUGCACUCACCGCCAGUCGCUGCACUCACCGCCAGUCGCUGCACUCACCGCCAGUCGCUGCACUCACCGCCAAUCGCUGCACUCACCGCCAAUCGCUGCACUCACCGCCAAUCGCUGCACUCACCGCCAAUCGCUGCACUCACCGCCAAUCGCUGCACUCACCGCCAAUCGCUGCACUCACCGCCAGUCGCUGCACUCACCGCCAGUCGCUGCACUCACCGCCAGUCGCUGCACUCACCGCCAGUCGCUGCACUCACCGCCAAUCGCUGCACUCACCGCCAGUCGCUGCACUCACUGCCAGUCGCUGCACUCAAUGCCUAUCGCUGCACUCACCGCCAAUCGCUGCACUCACUGCCAGUCGCUGCACUCACUGCCAGUCGCUGCACUCACUGCCAAUCGCUGCACUCACUGCCAGUCGCUGCACUCACCGCCAGUCGCUGCACUCACUGCCAAUCGCUGCACUCACCGCCAAUCGCUGCACUCACCGCCAAUCGCUGCACUCACCGCCAAUCGAUGCACUCACCGACAAUCGCUGCACUCACCGCCAAUCGCUGCACUCACCGCCAGUCGCUGCACUCACUGCCAGUCGCUGCACUCAAUGCCUAUCGCUGCACUCACCGCCAAUCGCUGCACUCACUGCCAGUCGCUGCACUCACUGCCAGUCGCUGCACUCACUGCCAAUCGCUGCACUCACUGCCAGUCGCUGCACUCACCGCCAGUCGCUGCACUCACUGCCAAUCGCUGCACUCACCGCCAAUCGCUGCACUCACCGCCAAUCGCUGCACUCACCGCCAAUCGCUGCACUCACGGCCAAUCGCUUCACUCACCGCCAAUCGCUGCACUCACCGCUAGUCUCUGCACUCACCGCCAGUCGCUGCACUCACUGCCAGUCGCUGCACUCACUGCCAGUCGUUGCACUCACCGCCAAUCGCUGCACUCACCGCCAAUCGAUGCACUCACCGACAAUCGCUGCACUCACCGCCAAUCGCUGCACUCACCGCCAGUCGCUGCACUCACCGCCAGUCGCUGCACUCACCGCCAGUCGCUGCACUCACUGUCAAUCGCAGCACUCACUGCCAGUCGCUGCACUCACUGCCAGUCGCUGCACUCACUGCCAAUCGCUGCACUCACUGCCAGUCGCUGCACUCACCGCCAGUCGCUGCACUCACCGCCAGUCGCUGCACUCACCGCCAAUCGCUGCACUCACCGCCAAUCGCUGCACUCACCGCCAAUCGCUGCACUCACCGCCAAUCGCUGCACUCACCGCCAGUCGCUGCACUCACCGCCAGUCGCUGCACUCACCGCCAGUCGCUGCACUCACCGCCAGUCGCUGCACUCACCGCCAAUCACUGCACUCACCGCCAAUCGCUGCACUCACCGCCAAUCGCUGCACUCACCGCCAAUCGCUGCACUCACCGCCAGUCGCUGCACUCACCGCCAGUCGCUGCACUCACCGCCAGUCGCUGCACUCACCGCCAGUCGCAGCACUCACUGGCAGUCGCUGCACUCACUGCCAGUCGCUGCACUCACUGCCAGUCGCUGCACUCACCGCCAGUCGCUGCACUCACCGCCAGUCGCUGCACUCACUGCCAGUCGCUGCACUCAAUGCCUAUCGCUGCACUCACCGCCAAUCGCUGCACUCACUGCCAGUCGCUGCACUCACUGCCAGUCGCUGCACUCACCGCGAGUCGCUGCACUCACUGCCUGUCGCUGCACUCACUCCCAAUCGCUGCACUCACUGCCAGUCGUUGCACUCACUGCCAGUCGCUGCACUCACCGCCAGUCGCUGCACUCACCGCCAGUCGCUGCACUCACCGCCAAUCGCUGCACUCACCGCCAGUCGCUGCACUCACUGCCAGUCGCUGCACUCAAUGCCUAUCGCUGCACUCACCGCCAAUCGCUGCACUCACUGCCAGUCGCUGCACUCACUGCCAGUCGCUGCACUCACUGCCAAUCGCUGCACUCACUGCCAGUCGCUGCACUCACCGCCAGUCGCUGCACUCACCGCCAAUCGCUGCACUCACCACCAAUCGCUGCACUCACUGCCAAUCGCUGCACUCACUGCCAAUCGCUGCACUCACCGCCAAUCGCUGCACUCACCGCCAGUCGCUGCACUCACCGCCAGACGCUGCACUCACUGCCAGUCGCUGCACUCACUGCCAGUCGUUGCACUCACUGCCAGUCGCUGCACUCACCGCCAAUCGAUGCACUCACCGCCAAUCGCUGCACUCACUGCCAGUCGCUGCACUCACCGCCAGUCGCUGCACUCACCGCCAGUCGCUGCACUCACCGCCAGUCGCUGCACUCACCGCCAGUCGCUGCACUCACCGCCAGUCGCUGCACUCAAUGCCUAUCGCUGCACUCACCGCCAAUCGCUGCACUCACUGCCAGUCGCUGCACUCACUGCCAGUCGCUGCACUCACUGCCAAUCGCUGCACUCACUGCCAGUCGCUGCACUCACCGCCAGUCGCUGCACUCACCGCCAAUCGCUGCACUCACCGCCAAUCGCUGCACUCACCGCCAAUCGCUGCACUCACUGCCAAUCGCUGCACUCACCGCCAAUCGCUGCACUCACCGCCAGCCGCUGCACUCACUGCCAGUCGCUGCACUCACUGCCAUCGCUGCACUCACCGCCAGUCGCUGCACUCACCGCCAGUCGCUGCACUCACCGCCAGUCGCUGCUCUCACCGCCAGUCGCUGCACUCACCGCCAGUCGCUGCACUCACCGCCAGUCGCUGCACUCACUGCCAGUCGUUGCACUCACUGCCAGUCGCUGCACUCACCGCCAGUCGCUGCACUCACCGCCAAUCGCUGCACUCACCGCCAGUCGCUGCACUCACUGCCAGUCGCUGCACUCAAUGCCUAUCGCUGCACUCACCGCCAAUCGCUGCACUCACUGCCAGUCGUUGCACUCACUGCCAGUCGCUGCACUCACCGCCAGUCGCUGCACUCACCGCCAGUCGCUGCACUCACCGCCAAUCGCUGCACUCACCGUCAGUCGCUGCACUCACCGCCAAUCGCUGCACUCACCGCCAAUCGCUGCACUCACGGCCAAUCGCUUCACUCACCGCCAAUCGCUGCACUCACCGCUAGUCUCUGCACUCACCGCCAGUCGCUGCACUCACUGCCAGUCGCUGCACUCACUGCCAGUCGUUGCACUCACCGCCAAUCGCUGCACUCACCGCCAAUCGAUGCACUCACCGACAAUCGCUGCACUCACCGCCAAUCGCUGCACUCACCGCCAGUCGCUGCACUCACCGCCAGUCGCUGCACUCACCGCCAGUCGCUGCACUCACCGCCAGUCGCUGCACUCACUGCCAAUCGCUGCACUCACUGCCAGUCGCUGCACUCACUGCCAAUCGCUGCACUCACUGCCAGUCGCUGCACUCACCGCCAGUCGCUGCACUCACCGCCAGUCGCUGCACUCACUGCCAGUCGCUGCACUCAAUGCCUAUCGCUGCACUCACCGCCAAUCGAUGCACUCACCGCCAAUCGCUGCACUCACCGCCAGUCGCUGCACUCACCGCCAGUCGCUGCACUCACCGCCAGUCGCUGCACUCACCGCCAGUCGCUGCACUCACCGCCAAUCGCUGCACUCACCGCCAAUCGCUGCACUCACCGCCAAUCGCUGCACUCACCGCCAGUCGUUGCACUCACCGCCAGUCGUUGCACUCACCGCCAGUCGCUGCACUCACCGCCAGUCGCUGCACUCACCGCCAGUCGCUGCACUCACCGCCAAUCGCUGCACUCACCGCCAAUCGCUGCACUCACCGCCAAUCGCUGCACUCACCGCCAAUCGCUGCACUCACCGCCAAUCGCUGCACUCACCGCCAGUCGCUGCACUCACCGCCAGUCGCUGCACUCACCGCCAGUCGCUGCACUCACCGCCAGUCGCUGCACUCACUGCCAAUCGCUGCACUCACUGCCAGUCGCUGCACUCACUGCCAAUCGCUGCACUCACUGCCAGUCGCUGCACUCACCGCCAGUCCGUGCACUCACCGCCAGUCGCUGCACUCACUGCCAGUCGCUGCACUCAAUGCCUAUCGCUGCACUCACCGCCAAUCGAUGCACUCACCGCCAAUCGCUGCACUCACCGCCAGUCGCUGCACUCACCGCCAGUCGCUGCACUCACCGCCAGUCGCUGCACUCACCGCCAAUCGCUGCAAUCACCGCCAAUCGCUGCACUCACCGCCAAUCGCUGCACUCACCGCCAAUCGCUGCACUCACCGCCAGUCGUUGCACUCACUGCCAGUCGCUGCACUCACCGCCAGUCGCUGCACUCACCGCCAGUCCCUGCACUCACCGCCAAUCGCUGCACUCACCGCCAAUCGCUGCACUCACCGCCAAUCGCUGCACUCACCGCCAAUCGCUGCACUCACCGCCAAUCGCUGCACUCACCGCCAAUCGCUGCACUCACCGCCAGUCGCUGCACUCACCGCGAGUCGCUGCACUCACUGCCAGUCGCUGCACUCACUCCCAAUCGCUGCACUCACUGCCAGUCGUUGCACUCACUGCCAGUCGCUGCACUCACCGCCAGUCGCUGCACUCACCGCCAGUCGUUGCACUCACCGCCAGUCGCUGCACUCACCGCCAGUCGCUGCACUCACCGCCAGUCGCUGCACUCACUGCCAGUCGUUGCACUCACUGCCAGUCGCUGCACUCACCGCCAGUCGCUGCACUCACCGCCAGUCGCUGCACUCACCGCCAAUCGCUGCACUCACCGCCAGUCGCUGCACUCACUGCCAGUCGCUGCACUCACUGCCAGUCGCUGCACUCACCGCGAGUCGCUGCACUCACUGCCUGUCGCUGCACUCACUCCCAAUCGCUGCACUCACUGCCAGUCGUUGCACUCACUGCCAGUCGCUGCACUCACCGCCAGUCGCUGCACUCACCGCCAGUCGCUGCACUCACCGCCAAUCGCUGCACUCACCGCCAGUCGCUGCACUCACUGCCAGUCGCUGCACUCAAUGCCUAUCGCUGCACUCACCGCCAAUCGCUGCACUCACUGCCAGUCGCUGCACUCACUGCCAGUCACUGCACUCACUGCCAAUCGCUGCACUCACUGCCAGUCGCUGCACUCACCGCCAGUCGCUGCACUCACCGCCAAUCGCUGCACUCACCGCCAAUCGCUGCACUCAACGCCAAUCGCUGCACUCACUGCCAAUCGCUGCACUCACCGCCAAUCGCUGCACUCACCGCCAGUCGCUGCACUCACCGCCAGCCGCUGCACUCACUGCCAGUCGCUGCACUCACUGCCAGUCUCGCUGCACUCACCGCCAGUCGCUGCACUCACCGCCAGUCGCUGCACUCACCGCCAGUCGCUGCACUCACCGCCAAUCGAUGCACUCACCGCCAAUCGCUGCACUCACCGCCAGUCGCUGCACUCACCGCCAGUCGCUGCACUCACCGCCAGUCGCUGCACUCACCGCCAGUCGCUGCACUCACCGCCAGUCGCUGCACUCACUGAAAGUCGCUGCACUCACUGCCAAUCGCUGCACUCACUGCCAGUCGCUGCACUCACCGCCAGUCGCUGCACUCACCGCCAGUCGCUGCACUCACCGCCAAUCGCUGCACUCACCGCCAAUCGCUGCACUCACCGCCAAUCGCUGCACUCACCGCCAAUCGCUGCACUCACCGCCAGUCGCUGCACUCACCGCCAGUCGCUGCACUCACCGCCAGUCGCUGCACUCACCGCCAGUCGCUGCACUCACCGCCAAUCGAUGCACUCACCGCCAAUCGCUGCACUCACCGCCAGUCGCUGCACUCACCGCCAGUCGCUGCACUCACCGCCAGUCGCUGCACUCACCGCCAGUCGCUGCACUCACCGCCAGUCGCUGCACUCACCGCCAGUCGCUGCACUCACCGCCAGUCGCUGCACUCACUGCCAGUCGUUGCACUCACUGCCAGUCGCUGCACUCACCGCCAGUCGCUGCACUCACCGCCAGUCGCUGCACUCACCGCCAAUCGCUGCACUCACCGCCAGUCGCUGCACUCACUGCCAGUCGCUGCACUCAAUGCCUAUCGCUGCACUCACCGCCAAUCGCUGCACUCACUGCCAGUCGUUGCACUCACUGCCAGUCGCUGCACUCACCGCCAGUCGCUGCACUCACCGCCAGUCGCUGCACUCACCGCCAAUCGCUGCACUCACCGCCAGUCGCUGCACUCACCGCCAGCCGUUGCACUCACUGCCAGUCGCUGCACUCACUGCCAGUCGUUGCACUCACUGCCAGUCGCUGCACUCACCGCCAAUCGAUGCACUCACCGCCAAUCGCUGCACUCACCGCCAGUCGCUGCACUCACCGCCAAUCGCUGCACUCACCGCUAGUCUCUGCACUCACCGCCAGUCGCUGCACUCACUGCCAGUCGCUGCACUCACUGCCAGUCGUUGCACUCACCGCCAAUCGCUGCACUCACCGCCAAUCGAUGCACUCACCGACAAUCGCUGCACUCACCGCCAAUCGCUGCACUCACCGCCAGUCGCUGCACUCACCGCCAGUCGCUGCACUCACCGCCAGUCGCUGCACUCACCGCCAGUCGCUGCACUCACUGCCAAUCGCUGCACUCACUGCCAGUCGCUGCACUCACUGCCAAUCGCUGCACUCACUGCCAGUCGCUGCACUCACCGCCAGUCGCUGCACUCACCGCCAGUCGCUGCACUCACUGCCAGUCGCUGCACUCAAUGCCUAUCGCUGCACUCACCGCCAAUCGAUGCACUCACCGCCAAUCGCUGCACUCACCGCCAGUCGCUGCACUCACCGCCAGUCGCUGCACUCACCGCCAGUCGCUGCACUCACCGCCAGUCGCUGCACUCACCGCCAAUCGCUGCACUCACCGCCAAUCGCUGCACUCACCGCCAAUCGCUGCACUCACCGCCAGUCGUUGCACUCACCGCCAGUCGUUGCACUCACCGCCAGUCGCUGCACUCACCGCCAGUCGCUGCACUCACCGCCAGUCGCUGCACUCACCGCCAAUCGCUGCACUCACCGCCAAUCGCUGCACUCACCGCCAAUCGCUGCACUCACCGCCAAUCGCUGCACUCACCGCCAAUCGCUGCACUCACCGCCAGUCGCUGCACUCACCGCCAGUCGCUGCACUCACCGCCAGUCGCUGCACUCACCGCCAGUCGCUGCACUCACUGCCAAUCGCUGCACUCACUGCCAGUCGCUGCACUCACUGCCAAUCGCUGCACUCACUGCCAGUCGCUGCACUCACCGCCAGUCCGUGCACUCACCGCCAGUCGCUGCACUCACUGCCAGUCGCUGCACUCAAUGCCUAUCGCUGCACUCACCGCCAAUCGAUGCACUCACCGCCAAUCGCUGCACUCACCGCCAGUCGCUGCACUCACCGCCAGUCGCUGCACUCACCGCCAGUCGCUGCACUCACCGCCAAUCGCUGCAAUCACCGCCAAUCGCUGCACUCACCGCCAAUCGCUGCACUCACCGCCAAUCGCUGCACUCACCGCCAGUCGUUGCACUCACUGCCAGUCGCUGCACUCACCGCCAGUCGCUGCACUCACCGCCAGUCCCUGCACUCACCGCCAAUCGCUGCACUCACCGCCAAUCGCUGCACUCACCGCCAAUCGCUGCACUCACCGCCAAUCGCUGCACUCACCGCCAAUCGCUGCACUCACCGCCAAUCGCUGCACUCACCGCCAGUCGCUGCACUCACCGCGAGUCGCUGCACUCACUGCCAGUCGCUGCACUCACUCCCAAUCGCUGCACUCACUGCCAGUCGUUGCACUCACUGCCAGUCGCUGCACUCACCGCCAGUCGCUGCACUCACCGCCAGUCGUUGCACUCACCGCCAGUCGCUGCACUCACCGCCAGUCGCUGCACUCACCGCCAGUCGCUGCACUCACUGCCAGUCGUUGCACUCACUGCCAGUCGCUGCACUCACCGCCAGUCGCUGCACUCACCGCCAGUCGCUGCACUCACCGCCAAUCGCUGCACUCACCGCCAGUCGCUGCACUCACUGCCAGUCGCUGCACUCAAUGCCUAUUGCUGCACUCACCGCCAAUCGCUGCACUCACUGCCAGUCGUUGCACUCACUGCCAGUCGCUGCACUCACCGCCAGUCGCUGCACUCACCGCCAGUCGCUGCACUCACCGCCAAUCGCUGCACUCACCGCCAGUCGCUGCACUCACUGCCAGUCGCUGCACUCACUGCCAGUCGCUGCACUCACCGCGAGUCGCUGCACUCACUGCCUGUCGCUGCACUCACUCCCAAUCGCUGCACUCACUGCCAGUCGUUGCACUCACUGCCAGUCGCUGCACUCACCGCCAGUCGCUGCACUCACCGCCAGUCGCUGCACUCACCGCCAAUCGCUGCACUCACCGCCAGUCGCUGCACUCACUGCCAGUCGCUGCACUCAAUGCCUAUCGCUGCACUCACCGCCAAUCGCUGCACUCACUGCCAGUCGCUGCACUCACUGCCAGUCACUGCACUCACUGCCAAUCGCUGCACUCACUGCCAGUCGCUGCACUCACCGCCAGUCGCUGCACUCACCGCCAAUCGCUGCACUCACCGCCAAUCGCUGCACUCAACGCCAAUCGCUGCACUCACUGCCAAUCGCUGCACUCACCGCCAAUCGCUGCACUCACCGCCAUCGCUGCACUCACCGCCAAUCGCUGCACUCACCGCCAAUCGCUGCACUCACCGCCAAUCGCUGCACUCACCGCCAAUCGCUGCACUCACCGCCAGUCGCUGCACUCACCGCCAGUCGCUGCACUCACCGCCAGUCGCUGCACUCACCGCCAGUCGCUGCACUCACCGCCAAUCGAUGCACUCACCGCCAAUCGCUGCACUCACCGCCAGUCGCUGCACUCACCGCCAGUCGCUGCACUCACCGCCAGUCGCUGCACUCACCGCCAGUCGCUGCACUCACCGCCAGUCGCUGCACUCACUGAAAGUCGCUGCACUCACUGCCAAUCGCUGCACUCACUGCCAGUCGCUGCACUCACCGCCAGUCGCUGCACUCACCGCCAGUCGCUGCACUCACCGCCAAUCGCUGCACUCACCGCCAAUCGCUGCACUCACCGCCAAUCGCUGCACUCACCGCCAAUCGCUGCACUCACCGCCAGUCGCUGCACUCACCGCCAGUCGCUGCACUCACCGCCAGUCGCUGCACUCACCGCCAGUCGCUGCACUCACCGCCAAUCGAUGCACUCACCGCCAAUCGCUGCACUCACCGCCAGUCGCUGCACUCACCGCCAGUCGCUGCACUCACCGCCAGUCGCUGCACUCACCGCCAGUCGCUGCACUCACCGCCAGUCGCUGCACUCACCGCCAGUCGCUGCACUCACCGCCAGUCGCUGCACUCACUGCCAGUCGUUGCACUCACUGCCAGUCGCUGCACUCACCGCCAGUCGCUGCACUCACCGCCAGUCGCUGCACUCACCGCCAAUCGCUGCACUCACCGCCAGUCGCUGCACUCACUGCCAGUCGCUGCACUCAAUGCCUAUCGCUGCACUCACCGCCAAUCGCUGCACUCACUGCCAGUCGUUGCACUCACUGCCAGUCGCUGCACUCACCGCCAGUCGCUGCACUCACCGCCAGUCGCUGCACUCACCGCCAAUCGCUGCACUCACCGCCAGUCGCUGCACUCACCGCCAGCCGUUGCACUCACUGCCAGUCGCUGCACUCACUGCCAGUCGUUGCACUCACUGCCAGUCGCUGCACUCACCGCCAAUCGAUGCACUCACCGCCAAUCGCUGCACUCACCGCCAGUCGCUGCACUCACCGCCAGUCGCUGCACUCACCGCCAGUCGCUGCACUCACCGCCAGUCGCUGCACUCACUGCCAGUCGCUGCACUCACUGCCAGUCGCUGCACUCACCGCCAAUCGCUGCACUCACUGCCAGUCGCUGCACUCACCGCCAGUCGCUGCACUCACCGCCAGUCGCUGCACUCACCGCCAGUCGCUGCACUCACCGCCAGUCGCUGCACUCACCGCCAAUCGCUGCACUCACCGCCAAUCGCUGCACUCACCGCCAAUCGCUGCACUCACCGCCAAUCGCUGCACUCACCGCCAAUCGCUGCACUCACCGCCAGUCGCUGCACUCACCGCCAGUCGCUGCACUCACCGCCAGUCGCUGCACUCACCGCCAGUCGCUGCACUCACCGCCAGUCGCUGCACUCACCGCGAGUCGCUGCACUCACUGCCAGUCGCUGCACUCACUCCCAAUCGCUGCACUCACUGCCAGUCGUUGCACUCACUGCCAGUCGCUGCACUCACCGCCAGUCGCUGCACUCACCGCCAAUCGCUGCACUCACCGCCAGUCGCUGCACUCACUGCCAGUCGCUGCACUCAAUGCCUAUCGCUGCACUCACCGCCAAUCGCUGCACUCACUGCCAGUCGCUGCACUCACUGCCAGUCGCUGCACUCACUGCCAAUCGCUGCACUCACUGCCAGUCGCUGCAUCACCGCCAGUCGCUGCACUCACCGCCAAUCGCUGCACUCACCGCCAAUCGCUGCACUCACCGCCAAUCGCUGCACUCACUGCCAAUCGCUGCACUCACCGCCAAUCGCUGCACUCACCGCCAGUCGCUGCACUCACCGCCAGUCGCUGCACUCACUGCCAGUCGCUGCACUCACUGCCAGUCGUUGCACUCACUGCCAGUCGCUGCACUCACCGCCAAUCGAUGCACUCACCGCCAAUCGCUGCACUCACCGCCAGUCGCUGCACUCACCGCCAGUCGCUGCACUCACUGCCAGUCGCUGCACUCACUGCCAGUCGCUGCACUCACUGCCAAUCCCUGCACUCACCGCCAAUCGCUGCACGAGGGCGUCUCUCUCCCGCUCCCGCUGCACCAACAUCUCUGGAUCCAUCCCCACCGCACUCCCCCCGUCCCCGCUCCCCCUUCCCCCCGCCUCCACGAGCUCGCGGAUCUGGCGCUGCAGCACGCUGACGUGGCAUGCCAGCUGGCCCUCCUUGUGGCGGAGCGCCGCCACGUGGUGGGCGGCCUCCUCCGGUGGCAUCUGCAGCAGCUGCUGCGACCUCCUCUCCACCGAUACCGCCUGGGGCGAUGGGGGCGCAUGGGAGGGCGGGAGGGGGAAAAGGGGUGUGAGAGGAGGUGA